AAAAGAAGAUUCUCUUCUAUCACCCGAACGAAGUAGAAAAGAAUGAAAAAAUUAGAAAUGUGGGACUAUGUGAAGCUAUAGUACAAUUCACAAGGACAUUUAGUCCAACAAAACCUGCAAAAUCCCUACAUACACAGAAGAAUAGACAAUUCUUCCAUGAACCUGAAGAAAACUUCUGGAUGGUCAUGGUUGUACGGAAUCCCAUAAUAGAAAAACACAAAGAUGGAAAGCCAGUCUAUGAAUAUCAGGAAGAAGAAUUACUGGACAAGGUCUAUAGUUCUGUCCUACAGCAGUGCUACAGCAUGUACAAGCUUUUCAAUGGCACAUUCCUGAAAGCCAUGGAAGAUGGAGGUGUAAAAGUUCUAAAGGAGAGACUAGAGAAAUUCUUCCAUCGGUACUUGCAGACACUGCAUUUACAGUCUUGCGAUCUGCUGGAUGUGUUUUGUGGGAUCAGCUUCUUUCCACUGGAUAAAAUGACUUACUUGAAAAUUCAGUCAUUUAUUAAUAGGAUGGAAGAAAGCCUGAACAUAGUCAAGUAUACUGCAUUUCUCUACAAUGAUCAGCUUAUCUGGAGUGGACUGGAACAAGAUGACAUGAGAAUUUUGUACAAAUAUCUCACGACAUCUCUCUUUCCACGGCACAUGGAGCCUGAGUUAGCGGGAAGAGAUUCUCCUAUACGUGCUGAAAUGCCAGGAAAUCUACAACACUAUGGAAGGUUUCUUACUGGACCUUUAAAUCUUAAUGAUCCGGAAGCAAAAUGCCGUUUCCCCAAAAUAUUUGUUAACACUGAUGACACUUACGAAGAGCUUCACUUAAUUGUUUAUAAGGCCAUGAGUGCAGCUGUCUGCUUUAUGAUUGAUGCUUCAAUUCCACCUACGCUGGAGUUUUGCCGUAAACUGGACAGCAUUGUUGGGCCUCAACUCACCGUCUUAGCCUCAGACAUAUGUGAACAAUACAACAUCAACAAGAGAAUAUCAGGGGCUGAGAAGGAGCCUCAGUUUAAGUUUAUCUAUUUCAAUCACAUGAACCUGGCAGAGAAAAGUACCAUUCACAUGAGGAAAACACCCAGUGUAUCACUUGCAUCUGUUCACCCUGACCUCAUGAAGAUUCUCGGUGACAUCAACAGUGACUUCUCCAGAGUUGAUGAAGACGAGGAAAUUAUUGUGAAGGCAAUGAGUGAUUACUGGGUAGUUGGGAAAAAGUCUGACCAGCGAGAACUGUAUGUUAUUUUGAAUCAAAAAAAUGCAAAUCUGAUUGAAGUUAAUGAAGAAGUGAAGAAACUUUGUGCAACACAGUUUAAUAAUAUUUUCUUCUUGGAUUGAUCUGCAAAGGGCUGAUUUAUUGAAGAUGUCAAUGUCAGACACUUGUUCAACACGAAAAGUUAUUAGUCAUAUUAUUGACUGGAAUAAUGACAAUAGUAAAGCAAUACUUGCUUUGUAAGAAUCAAAAUUUAUACUAAAAUCUGUAAACUCUGAUCAUAAAAUUUUUAGAUUUUAAAAAUGUUUAUGUGCAAACUAAUUAAAAACCAGUCCAAAUUCAUCUGUACCAUUCCAUUCCAAUAUCGUUAUGUGAAUAUUUUACUGGAAAAUAAAAUUAAUAAUUGUUACACUUUUAA